AUGUCCACCGAAGCAACCGCACACCGAUUCUUCUCCGCGGCCCGGUUCGCCGUUGUCGGCGCCAGCUCAAACCCAGCCAAGUUUGGCCACAAGGUGCACGCAUGGUAUCUGGCCCAUAAGCUUCCUGUCACGCCCGUCAACCCAGGUUCUGGGUCUGUUACCGUCGGCGGCCAGGAUUACCCAACAGUCAAGAACGUCCAGGAGCUGGCGGACCCUCAGAACACCGGUGUCUCUAUCAUUACACCUCCGCCUGUUACCCUUGAUGUGCUCAAGGCAGCCAAGACUGCUGGCAUCCCCGCUGUGUGGCUGCAGCCGGGUACGUUUAACAAGGAGGUACUCGACUUUGCCCUGGCAGAUGGAGCUUUCGAUGCCGUUGUCUACGGGGAUGGAGGUAGGGGAAGUGAAGGCUGGUGUGUUUUAGUUGAUGGAGAGAAGGCAUUGAAGGAUCUUGGCAAGCUGUGA